GUUUACUACCAGUCCGAUGAUUAUGUCACUAACCUAACACUGACUCUGCUACCUGUAACAUUUCAAGGCUAUUGCACGGUUAAUGACAAGAUAAAAGGAUAGCAAGAAUGAGAAACGUAAUACUUACAGCGCUUCUGUCGGUCAUUGCUGUGGUGUCAGGAAACGUGGAGGAACUCGAUGACAAGUUUAAGGACUACCUAAAGCAUGAACUCUGGCUGGUGGAGUUUUAUGCACCAUGGUGUGCAUACUGUCACACAUUUGAGCCAAUAUGGCAUGAAGUCGGUGCAGAACUGAAGAGUAUGGGCUCCCCUGUUAAUGUUGGCAAGAUUGAUACCACAGUGCACACAAGUAUUGCUUCAGAGUUUAAUAUUCGUGGAUAUCCAACCAUAAAACUGUUUAAAGGAGAGCUGUCCUUUGACUACAAAGGGCCUAGAACAAAGGAUGCUAUUAUUGAAUUCACCAACAGAGUUUCUGGACCUGUGGUAAGACCACUCUCUAGCGUUCAGUUGUUCCAGCAUGUUAUGAGUCGUCACGAUCUUAUCUUCGUUUACAUUGGAAGGGAGUCGCUCCUUAAGAAGGAAUACUACAAAGCUGCUACUGAGUAUAUUGUCCACACAUAUUUUUUCACUGCAUCUGAGGAAGUCCUUCCAAAGGCAGUCACUCUGCAGGAUGUUCCCGCCGUUGCUGUGUUCAAAGACAGGACGUACUACCUUUACAAUGAAUUUCUUGAUGAUGAUUUGUCUUCCUGGAUAAAUCGAGAACGUUUUCCCUCUUACUUCCAAAUUGAUAGCUUCAGUCUGUACCAGAUGGGAGAACUAAGUAAGCCUGUUUUUCUCCAUAAAUAUUAUAUAUUUUUUACUUUUUUCUUUUAUUUGCCUUAUUUUCCUAUACCCUUUACAGUUAACAAACUAUCCGAAGUUGAGAGGCCCUCCAUCAUUGUGUUAAAUAUGACCAUUGAUGGAUACUGUCUACCAGAAAGUAAGAUUGAGACCAUUGAGGAUUUACUUCGCUUCGUAAACAGUGUUCUAGAUGGCAGUGCAAAGCUACUAGGGGGAAAUGGAUUUUUGCAGCACGUUAAGAGAUCUCUCUAUAAAGCUAAGUCUACUGUGGUGUCGAUGUUCCAGGCAGCUCCAUUCUUCUCCUGUUUUGUGUUUGGACUACCAGUGGGUAUAGUUGCGUUGGUUAUCUGGGCUACAUGUACUGCUGUACCAGCGGAUGAUGAGAAACCCGUGGAAGGAGCUACAGCAAGUCCUGUUUUGGAUGCACAUGGGAAGAAGGCAAUAGAAUUGCAGCCUGACAGUACAGAAAAAACCUCUGAAGCAAAGAAAGAGGAUUAACAUGGACUGUUGAUUUAGGAUCAUGUUAAUCUUUACCAUGUCAUCACAUGCAUUACUGUUUUUCCCCUUUUUAUAAAUCAUCUUCCCAGUGUACAGUAUAUUGUGGUUGGUUUAUUUAUCA